UGGCUCCUUUCCUCACGACAAGCUUCUCUCGACUCUUGUCUCUUCUCUCUCUUCUCCCCAUCUUCAAAAUAUAUAGUUCUCAUAUUCCUUGGAUAUAUCCUUCUUUGUAUCUCUUCUUCACAAACUUCUAUCUUUUGUGAUGAACUAAGAAAAAAUACUCCUAAUAAUUUAUUAACUUCUUGAGGAUCAGCUGAUCUGGUGUAUUCAAGAACCCCCACUCGAAAUCAGAACUUCUGAAACCACAAAUCAAAAAUCUUCUCAAUACACUCUUUUGUUUUUGACUACGUUCUCUCGAAAUUACCUUCAACAGAUUUAAGAAGAAUCGCUCACCAACCUGAGAUUCUUGGUUUGUUUCUUUUCUUUCAGGGGCGGGCAACGAGUGCGUCCACCAUGAAGAAGACCUAAGCUUAAUAAUUUGCCCUUGAAUAUCAACCGCAAAUGACGAGAACACCUAACAUCCGACGUGGCAUACUCGCCACCGUAACCGCCACGAUUCUCCUCUCGCUCUUCCCGCCAAAUAUCGUUGCGACCGUUGAGAAACAAGCUCUGUUCCGCUUCAAGAACCGUCUCAACGACCCUCACGACGUUCUCCGCUCAUGGAAACCCUCCGACUCUCCCUGCACCUUCCACGGCGUCACGUGCCACCCACUCUCCGGCGAAGUCACCGGCAUCACCUUAGAAAACGCGAACCUCUCCGGCUCCAUCUCCCCCGCGAUCUCCUCUCUCUCGAAGCUCUCCACUCUAUCUCUCCCCUUCAAUCUAAUCUCGGGCGUAAUCCCGCAGGAGAUACUCAACUGCACGAGCCUCAGAGUACUCAACCUCACCUCGAACCGUCUCUCCGGUGCGAUCCUGGACUUCUCCCCUCUGAAUAACCUCGAAGUCCUCGACGUCUCAGUGAACUUCCUCACGGGAGAGUUCCAGAGCUGGAUCGGGAACUUGACUCAGCUCCUCUCCCUCGGUCUAGGCAACAACAACUACGAACAAGGUGAGAUCCCCGAGAGCCUCAGCAAUUUAAAGAAGCUGACGUGGCUCUACUUAGCCCGAUCCAACUUAACCGGAACCGUUCCGGACUCCAUCUUCGGUCUAAACUAUCUCGACACUUUCGACAUCUCCAGAAACUCGAUCUCCGGUGAGUUCCCAGUCUCGAUCACGAGACUGGCGAACCUCACCAAAAUCGAGCUGUACGACAACAGACUCUCCGGCGAAAUCCCCCCGGAGAUCAGGAACCUGACUCGUCUCCGAGAGCUCGACGUCUCUCUGAAUCAGCUCAGCGGCGCGCUGCCUCGAGAGCUCGGAGCUCUCGAGGAGCUGAGAGUCUUCCACUGCCACCAAAACAACUUCACCGGAGACUUCCCUCCCGGUUUCGGAGAGAUGCGCUUCCUCUCUUCCUUAUCGAUCUACAGAAACAACUUCUCCGGUAUCUUUCCGGCGAACACCGGCCGGUUCUCGCCGUUGGACACGGUGGACAUAUCCGAGAACAUGUUCGCAGGUCCGUUCCCUCGUUUCCUAUGCCAAAACAAUAAGCUACAGUUCUUGCUCGCGUUACAGAACGAUUUCGCCGGCGAGAUUCCGGGGCCUUACGCCGGUUGCAAGUCUCUUUGGAGACUCAGGAUUAACCAGAACCGGUUUACCGGUCAAGUUCCCGAAGGCUUCUGGUCUCUGCCGCUAGCUAAGAUGAUCGAUCUCAGCGAUAACCGUCUCACUGGAGAGAUCUCUCCUCAGAUCGGACACUCGACGGAGCUGAGUCAGCUGAUAUUGCAGAACAACAGAUUCUCCGGCGAGAUUCCGAGGGAGAUAGAGAAACUGAGGAAUAUAGAGAGGAUUUAUCUGAGCAACAACAGUUUUUCCGGCGAGAUUCCGACAGAGCUUGGUUUGAAACAGCUGUCUUCUCUCCAUCUUGAAAACAAUUCAUUAACAGGUUUUAUCCCAUUAGGGUUGACGAACUGCGUGAGGCUUGUUGAUCUGAAUCUCGCUGAGAACGCGUUGACCGGAGAGAUCCCUAAUGAUUUGUCUCAUAUCGGUUCUUUGAACUCGCUGGAUCUCUCAGGGAACAGGCUAACGGGGGAGAUACCGGUGAACCUAGUGAAGUUGAAGCUGAGUUUUAUAGAUUUGUCUGAGAAUCAGCUCACGGGAAGAAUACCACCGGAUCUUUUAGCGGUGGGAGGAGUCACCGCGUUCUCACGGAACGAGAAGCUUUGCGUGGACAACCAUGACGUCAAAGAAAGCGAGAAACAUGUGCUGAGCUUAUGUACUGAUGAUGACCGACACGUGCACAAGAACCGAUCACUAGACGGGACUCUCUUGUUCUUGUCUCUUGCGAUAGCCCUAGUGGUGCUAGUCACUGGUCUUUUCUCGUUGCGUUACAGAGUAGUGAAGAUACGUGAGGAAAAUAAAGAUGUAAACAAGGUGGAUGCGAAGUGGAAGAUCGCGUCUUUUCAUCAGAUGGAGCUUGACGCUGAGGAGAUUUGUAGAUUGGAGGAAGAUCAUGUGAUUGGAGCUGGAAGUGCGGGGAAAGUGUAUAGGGUUGAUCUGAAAAAAGGUGGUGGGACAGUGGCGGUUAAGUGGCUGAGGAGAGGAGGAGGAAGAGAAGAAAGCAACGGAACAGAGGUCUCUGUUGCAGAAAUGGAGAUUCUUGGGAUCAGACAUAGAAACGUGUUGAAGCUCUACGCUUGUCUUGUCGGAAGAGGUUCUAGUUACUUGGUGUUUGAGUUCAUGGAGAAUGGGAACUUAUAUCAAGCUCUUCGCCGGAGUAUUAAAGGUGGAUUACCUGAACUGGAUUGGCACAAGAG